CUUAUACUAUAUUUUAUUAUAAUACUUUAUAUGUGAAGAAGAAACACUAUGUUUAACAUUUUACAUUGCAAGCAUAAGGAAUCAAACGAAAUACUAUGAAACAUUUUUUGUUUAUUUUUGUUUUGAGAGAAUUUUUGUGUAUAUCAUAAGUAAAAUUUAAAUCUAUGAUUUACCUGAGCUUUUGACAAGACCACGCUCAAUAUAACGUAAAUAAUUCAAGAAAUCGCAGACUGCUAUAAUCUAUAAAAAUAGGACAUUCAAGUCAAUUUUCAAAUUCUUUAGAAUAUAAGCGACUUUUUAAAUUUCCAAACUCACUCGGUUGCGACAAAUUUGUGAUAUGCUGUACCACUGAUUUUCUUGAUCCCCAAGUCUCAUGCGAUAAUAACAUUGUCGCGGUGCUUCCAAUAAUAUACAUUUUCUGAAAACAAUAGAAUAUAAUUUUUUUUUUCAACAUAACUAGAAUUCUCUCUUUAAUGUCGUGUUUCUAUAACGGAACGUGUGACUCACUUUCGAAAAGUAAACUUAGUUUUGUCACUGAUAGCCUCGAUAAAUAUAAUACCAUCAAGAACGGCUUGUCUAACUCUUAUACCCAACUCCUUAUUAGGGAAAUCAAGACAAAGGUCGAUGUCUUCUUUAAAAAUUCUACCAACAAAAGGGUCACCUUUGUCUACGCACGGAUUAGCUUUCCAUUUAAGAAACUCCGUGUGAAUUCUCGGAUCCACCUCCAAACCAAAAUCUUUACAUUCUUUGUCUCUAUCCUUUUCUGAUUCUUUUUUCCAAUCUCUUUCCAGAGAUUCUCGAUCAGUUGGUAACGAUGGUCUUUGUUCUCUCAACGGAGAGUCCGGUGGAGAAUUCUCUCGUCCGUAUUUUAAAUUGAAAUGCGACGGUGAUCUAAGAAGAGAAACGUCUGAGGUAGUCAAAUGUGCUUAUAGAUCGUUUUCACAGUAAUCGUACCUUCGAUGUUUUCUUGCAAAAAGACCUUGUUGACCAUCUUCGAUAUUUAAACGACUUUUCGUAUCGAUUUGGGGAUGUAAAUGGAAGUUUGGUUUCGCUGGUGUUGAAGUCAACACCAGCGUUUUCAGAGCUGCAACCUCAGCAGCCAAAACUUCAGCUUUCAUACGACUUUCUUCCAAUAGGCGUUCCGCAGUAGCUUGGCGAACAUUUGCUUCCCUAACCAUGUUGUGCGCUUCCUAUUGCAUGCGAUAAUAUUAAGUUACAUUUGAUAACAAAUUUUCUACAUUAUUUUCAUAAAAUUAUUUAUUUUUUUUUACUUGAAAAAGGCUGGCAGUGAGUUCUUCCAAUUCAGCUUCAACAUCCUGUUUAAUUCUUGAAAGUCUAGUAACUUCUUCAUCUUUCAAUUUCAGCUCCUCGUGAGCCCUCUUAAGUUCAUCUUGUAAUUUUGCUACAGCUUGUUCCUUUACUUCGGCUAUAGCCCUUCCCCACUGUAGAGUAGUCGGCGAAGGUGGCGGAUCGUUCUGUUUCAUAGAACAUGGUUUCUCCUCGCUUUCUGAAUUCUUAAGUCGAGAAAGCAGUCACUAUUUUAAUUGAAAUAAAAUCAUUGUAUUUACAUUAAUUAGAACAUAAACUUACCUGUAUAUCUUUCGAAGGUAAUGAUAGUUUCGAAGGGAUAUUACAGCAAUUGAUUUUGGACGAAUCAUUGAUGUGAUCCUUAUUAUUCGCUAAAAUAUCUGCAUCCACCUCGUCGAAUGUAAUAGAAGAUGAUUUCUUGUUAUGAUUUUGAUUUUCAAACAGUUUCUGUUCAUUCUCAUUCAAUCUUGCCAGAAUGUCACAGGAUUUCGAGAGUUUUCUUUCUUCCAUCGUUGAUGAAUUUUAAUAUCGCAAUAGAACAUUGUGGAGCUUUCCUUUGUACUUGACUGAAAGAGCAGCGUUGGUUGAACUAGAACUAAACGUAAUAAUCAUUGAAAAAGAAAUAUUCUUACGUUUUAAUAUAAAGUAAAUUGGCUAAAACUCGACUUUCCGACAACACUCAAUAAUCGGAGAGACUAAUCUUAAAAUAAACAGACACUUAUUACACAACAUCACAUGUGUAUAUGUAUAAAUAGAUACGUAUACAUAUACAUAUGUAUCAUAUAUGCACGAUCUCUGAAUCUAAAAACAGAAAUUACAAAAUGCACAAUUUUGAUGCUUGUUUUAUAAAACGAUAAACGAAUACCGUAAGUAUUUGCACUUGUAAUUUAAAGACACAUUCCCAGCUUUCUCAUAACAGCAGAAUGUUAUUAUGUUUGUUUAAUAAUUUAAAUACAAAUAUGAAUAAUAAACGUUAAUACAACAAUACCACAAUAAUUAGUUUAAUUAUUACAACAAUGCGCUUCCGAUUUGUAAUAAUCGUAGAAUGCUCAACAAAGGGAGUAGUACCUCUUCUAACAGAGUGGCUCAAUUAAUAGCAAUUUAUCUCUGUAAUUAUAACUGUGGAAGGGAUAAUUUGAUCAAGUAUUCUUGAAGCUUACGAAAGCGAGCGUUUAUUUAAUAAUAGAAACAAGAGGAAUCAUAGAUUUUUUCACGUGUUGAGAUGAAGAAAAAUAAGAUCAGCGUCCGCGCGCCGUGAAAACGAAAUUCGUCAGCGUUCAAGAGAAUCCGCGUAUCGAUCCGAAGUUGGUGUGAUUCUAAACUGAAGAGUAUUAACGUGCAGCUUACCCGUAAACUUCUCUUUACGCAACUCUCCUGCCAUUAGUGGAUUUGACGGAGAUCAUUAAAAGAUAUUCAAGUGAAAGACGAGGGGACGUCCGAUACCGUUUUCGCGCAAUAUGUCAACUUCGUGUCACUCUUCCACGGCACGCUGCAGCCAUCACCUUUUAGUGAGCCGCAACCUGACUGAAACUGAACCACCAGUCCCAGUCGCACGGAAUGAAUGAACUUUCAAGCGCCACAGGUUACCUACUGUACAACGCUCGUACUACCUCGUACCAGCUCGUACUUAAGCUCCGUAGAUUACGAAGCGAUUGGGGGUUUACACUUGUCACGAAUUACGCGAAGAAUUCGGUUCAUUUUAACGCUUUUGUUUAGGAAAUAGUUUUUCAUGGAUCAUGAACUUUUUCAUAUUAUACGAAUUAUGGGAUUCGAAAUUAAAUUAUACAAUCAAACGAAUACGCGAUUAAUUAUAUACGUACAUGUAUGUACGAAUACAUGUCAGAAUGAUCGAAUUUUAGUAAUCGGCUCAAAUUCAAUGUCGUUAAGGAAUACAAAUUUCUCUGCGGUUCUAAUCACCGUUAGUAUACAAGAAUAGUUCAAUAUGACUAUGUGAUCACCGUUAGUAAAAUAGUUAGUAAGCGAUUCCUGUAGAUUCAGAGAAUUGAAUAACAUUUGUAUACUUUGUAAAUUGUGUACAAUUUUUCUUUCGUCUGCAAAAAAAUUGGUUUCAAGAUUUCACGAAGUAGAAGCGCACUCUCGAGCGUUCACGAUUCUUUCGAUCAUAAUAGAAAAUUGUACGAAGCUUUAUUUUAUUUGCUAUAUAUACUAUAGGCUCUGAUAAUACAUGCAUACGAAAUAUUUAAUUGGAUAUGUACAUACGAAAUAUUCGAGCGUUGAAUUUUCAUUUGAAAAUUUCAUCAAAGACUCGGUCUACAUCUUGUUUUCAAGCGCCGCCGUUAAGAUGCUGUCGAAUAAUAGCGUAUCAUGUAGCUCGGCACAGUCUCUCGCAUAUGUUCCGCAGAUUAUUCAGUCACUGAAGUUCACGAAUAUUUCGUAUGAAAUAUAUACACACUCACAAAGUCAAUAGUACGUACACGCAUGAGGAAUUUUACUGACGGAAACUCUGUUAUAACUCGUGUGAUUCGCUUCGUUCUAAUUGGAUUAAAGUGAUUCCAAUUCGUAGCCAGUGCCAUAGAAAUUUAUAAUGUAAUUAUUUUCUCACGGUUCCGUUAUAUGUAUGUUAUUUCGGUCACACAGGCGUCCCAACUUUUUCCAUUUAAACUUUCAUUUAAAAAAAAGUUUCAAUAAAAUGUGUACAAAAGCGUAAAAUAGCCUAAAUCUGUGCAAGCGUGAAAUACCUUAUUCUUUUAUCUCGGCGGUCGAUAUUAAUUUAGAUCUGUAACGAUUUAACCAACCUUGCCUCGUUUCUCCAUCCAUAGCAAUUUGUGCUUUCUUCUUUACCGUUAUAUGUAAAUACGCUAUAGUGUUUGAUAUUUUUCGAAUGCGACUACACCUUUCCAUUUGGACGCCUCCUUUGUUUGUUUCUAUCCACCAAGAACACCGUAUUAGCUGCCGAGAAUCAUAUGUUUUUAAACAAUCUGCACGAUGGAUAUAGAAAGAUUAAUCAAAAAGAAGAAACGGGUGAAACGAGAUGGCAAUCUUCAACAACUUGCCGUAGUCGUAAAAGAGCUUGGAGAUAUAUAUUUUGAAACGGGAAAGUACGAAGAUGCUUUACAGGAAUACACGGAACAAUUUGAGGUUUGUAGCAUCAUAAAUGACAAAUUGAAUGUUGCUGUAGCUCAUAGAAUGAUCGGAGAAAUACAAGCAAAUCUUGGGGCCUACGAAGAAGCAUUAAAACAUCAGAAUCAUUAUUUGGAAGGAGCCAAGGAAAUGAACAGUUUAUUAGAGGAACAAAGAGCUUACGCCACAUUGGGUAGAACAUAUUUUUGCUGGGGCGAAAGUUUGGUUGAAAAGUCUGAGGAAAGGCCAGAGAUUCUAUGUAAUGCGAGGAAAGCAUAUAUGAAGAGUAUACGACUGUGCAAUGAAUUAGGAGAUUCAAAUAUAGACUUGAAGGAGCUAAUGACUAUGCGGGCACGAUUACUUUUAAAUUUGGGCUUGGUGCUAGAAGCUCAAAAGGAACAUUCUCAAGCUGUUGAUCUCAUGGAAAAGGCAGCACAAUUGUGCAAAACGCAUAACUUACAAGAAGAUUUUCAUAGAACACAAAUUGCUCUAGGUGGUAUUUAUGAACGUAAAACGGAUUACGAAUCAGCGUUACAACACUUCGAGACAGCAGCUGAUGUCGAUAAUAUGCUUUUGAAAGCAGAAGCACAACUUUUUCAAGCCGAAUUACUUUUGAAAAUGGAAAAAUGGUACGGGUCGCGAAAGAUACUGGUCUCUCUUUAUGUUAUGGAGAAUUUACCUAACAGCAUUAAGCAACAAGUAGAAAAGGAUCUUAGAAUAGUGGCAACUUUGCAUUCGACAGAACAAGCUUUAAGCACAGAAGAAAGUACAAGCGAAAGGUUGAAACUUUACGAAAUACUCGGCGAUGCAUCGGUUGCAGUGAAUUGUUUUGAAAAAGCAAUCAAUUACUACAGAGAAAUGCUUAAAUGCGCGGAAGACAUCAAAAGCGAUCGCACGGGAGCAGCUUUUUUGAGCUUAGCACAGACUCUGAAGGAUGUAGGACAGUAUAACGAGGCAUUGGAGUUUGCUCAAAAGGAAUUGCAGUUCUGCACAGAUCCCCGUGAAAUUUGUAGAUCAGCCUUGUUUUUAGCUGAUUUAUUGAUAGCGACUAAAGCGACAGACGAAAAAAUUCAAGAUACGUAUAACUUAGCCUUGAAGAACGCAAAAAUUUCUAACGACGUUUCCUUGGAAAUGUCCGUUUUGAAAGAACGUUUAAAUUAUUUAAUAGACUACGGAAGCACGGAAGAGGUAAAGUCGCUUCAGGAAGAGUUAGACGCUCUGAAAGAAUUAUCUGCUGGUACGGAGAGUGAAAGUGAAUCGGAGGGAAAUGAUAUCGGAGCGAACAUUUGUUUGGAAGAUUUAUCGGACGUAGAAACUGAAUUGAGAGCCAAGGAAGAGAGCAAAAUCAGUAGAAAACGGACCAGAAGAAAGUCAGCGGUUGUGAAACGAAACGAAAAGGGUGAAACGCAACUUCACGUGGCUUGUAUCAAUGGAAACAUCGAAAGUGCAGAGAAAUUACUGGAGGCUGGUCAUCCGACAAACGUUCGAGAUCAUUUUGGUUGGACUCCUCUGCACGAGGCUGCUAAUCACGGUCACGUAGAAGUUGCAAAAUUAUUAUUACAACAUGGUGCAGAUGUAAAUGACCCCGGAAGUCUCAUGUGUCAGGGGGUUACACCUCUUCAUGACGCUGCGUCUUGCGGUAAUAUCUGUAUGAUGAAACUUUUAAUAGAUCACGGGGCAAACUUGGAGCUGAAAACGAACGAAGAUGAUACGGUAUUGGAUUGUUUAAAAAACUGGAGGGAUCGCGUUGAUUACUUAUCUCCAGAAGAACAGGCUGAAUAUGACGAAAUCCAUAAGGUCUUGUCUGCUAUGCUUCCAACGAGUACAAAGAAAGACUCGAACCGAUCAAGUAAAUCGCCACGUAAUUCUAGGAGAUCUAUUAACGACAGAAGGGAUAAUACAGAAAAGAUUUCGGCAGGAGAAGACUACAAAAGAACUAUAGCUAGUUUGAAGCACCGAAGCGAUCCAAUCGGAACAACUUUAACUUCUACUAAACGUGUUGUAAAUCCGCUUUUGAACAGCGAAGAAGUUCUUUCAGACGAUUGGUUGGAAGAUGAUAUUAAGGAAGGUGUUUGGGAAAGAAAGUAUUCCAAUGAUAAUUUUAGUACAACGAAAAGGAAAUCGAGCAACGGCGAUAUUGAUCACGAUAAGAAUUCGAAAAAACAAAAAACAAAGGCUCAAGAUUCUGCAUUAAGUGAGAACGAGCUCGAAUUAACCGAAGAGAAAAGUACCGACAGCUGCGAUACCGUGGUAAUGCAGUCUCUGAAUCGUUGUAAACCUCGGAAGAAAAAGCAGCAAUUGUGUCUGUUGUCGGCCGGAUUUACAAAAGAAAAUCUUUCUCGAACACCUUCGCCCGUAGAUUUACCUUCUACCAAUUUGCUCUCUAACGAAGCUAACGUUCUGAUAAAAUCAAUUAUUUUAAACGUUUCCGUAGACGAAAAAACAUUCCAAACUCAGGUAGAACUAUCGAAUGCCGCACAACUCUCGGUGGAUGAUAUAUUGAUCGAUAUCGAAAAGAUGUUUCACAAUGAUACCGGCUGUAAAGCAAAGUUCCAUUUGAAAACUAUGAACGGUAUCGCGAUAAAUGCCAAUAAUGUGUUCACCAUUUUGAACGAAGGGGACAUAGUGAAAAAUUUCAAAUGCGAGAUAGUUGAUCUAGAAACUCCGCCCAUAGUCGAACGAUACGGGACUAUCUGCGGUAUUUACAAUAUAAAAGUACGCGAGGUCGUAUCGAAAUGUUUGAAGUCGUGCGAGAACACGUUCAUAUUGAGAUUGAGGCAAGAAGAUAUGAGCAGACAGGAACUCGUAUGCAUAUUGAAGACAUUGGUAUACGAGAAGAACGUACAAAUUCUCGAUUUGUCGAACGGAGAAUUACAGGAUAUAGCUGAGAUCCUGAAUGAUUGUAUUUUUAAAUUGUCGGGUUUGCAGGAAUUGUAUUUGCAAGGCUGUAAUAUAGAUUCCACGUGUUUGAGUAAAUUAAAAAAAUUGCCUUUACAGCUUAAAUUAUUGGAUCUCAGUUACAAUCCGCUCGGGCCGAAAAGUCAUGAGAUACUAUCCAAACUGCUCGCUCCUUUAUCGCAACUUCGUACUUUAAAUUUACGAAACUGUUUAUUGUCUAGCUCUCGUUUCCUUUUGAACAAUAGUAGCCUGGUGAAUUUGGACAUAUCUUGGAACAACUUCGCCAAAGACGAGCCCUGUAUCGUCUUGCAAAGACAGUUGCUUAAUUUAAAUUUAUCAUGUACUGCUUCAUCGAACGGACAUAAUUUAGCCAAAAGCAUAGUCAAUGCAACAGAUUUUUCGUUAACAAAUCUGGAAUGUUUGGAGCUUGCUGCUUGUCAUUUAUCGGAUAUAGAUAUAAAAAACAUAUUGUCGCAAGCGUCGAAUCUUUCUAAAUUUGUGCUCAGAGGAAAUAGAGAAAUAGGAGUGCGAUCGUUGAAUUUAUUAUUGAAAUAUACGCCUACAUUAAGACACAUCGAUGUUAGCGGUUGCGCAACUAUCGUUGAAUUUCCUGAUCCGGCAGGAUACAUCAAGAGUCCAGAAAUUUGUCUAGUUAUUGUGAGCAUGUUUUCGAACGUGUGCGAACACUGGCUUAAUUUAUGGCGAGGAAAAGCAAUUGUGAAAACGUUAGCCCAUAAUCUCGUAAUUUUUAAACCCACCAAUCAGAGACUUACAAAUUGAAGAUCGAUAUACGAGCCGUUUAUUUUGAAAGUGGCAUAAGUCACUUUGUUUUUUAAGUCGAUAUAUUCAAGGGUUUGCGUUU